AGAUUCGAGAGCACACAUUACCAAACCAUCCGAUGCGACAAUUGUUCCUCGCUCUUGCCGCCUUGGAACACCACGAUACGAUCUCUGCUAUUGAGAGGUACUCUCGACUGCAUGCACUGCUACCGCAAAACACACACAUCAAACUGCAGCUGGCUGUGAGCUAUUUCAAUGCUCGAGAUAUGGACGAGGCCCAGUCCCUUUUUGAAGAGGUGCGGCAGAAGGAACCGAACAAUCUGGAACGGGUCGACUACUACUCACACAUCCUCUAUGUCAAGAAACUAACGGUAUGGUGGGGUGACGCACUCCUUCUGAGAGACGACACUGUGUGUGUGUGUAGGGCGAAGGGUCUAUUCAGGGUAGACUGA